CGGGCCGCUACUUGUGUACGUAGCGUUCUGUAGUACCACGAGCACGCUUGCCUAAUCUCGUGUCUCACAUCAUUCUUCUGCGUGAAUGUGUGUAUGUGUGUGUGUGUAUGCUUGCGAAUUUUAUGCAAGCACCAAGGGAAUUCGCUGUUUCAAAUUCCAUGGUACCGAAUGGAAACAUUGUGGGACGUGGCGUCCGGUCCCGAAAUUGACAAUCUGGAAGUCUUGGAGGUCCCAAACACGGCCGAACGCAUGAAUGCUUUGAUGGAGGAGGGCGUGGGACGAGAAGAAGCCUUUCGCAAGGCUUCCAAGGAGUACAGAAGAGUUCGCGAGACGAACCAGAAGGUGCUGAUGCCUGUUGGAAAGUCCCUGAAGGAGCUCAACCGCGGUGUUAAGCGCAGUACCGUGGUCAGCUAUGCUGCUGCAGCGGGGCAUCCAAUAGGGCAGCAGAAUUUAGGAGCGGAAGCAGCACAUCAAAUUUGA